UUGUAUUUUGUUAAACCUUAGAUGCAAAAUAAAGAUUGAGAGAUAAAGACCUAUAUAUUGAUUUCAUGAGUUUUCAAUUAAAUAUGCUAACGUUUUCAAUAAAGUCAUAUGGUGAAACAAAAUUCGAUAAAAUAAAAAAACUGAUGAUGGUAAACCAAAAUACAAAGCCACGAAGACAUGUGACACGCAAAAGGAAAAUUUCUGUCGAAAUGACACGUGUAAUGUUUUUGGGCUCAGACAUUCUGCCACAGUACAAACUUUUUCAAGAAAAAGGCCGUUCUUAUAUAAUUCUUCAUUAUUCUGGACUUAAAGCAAUAUGGGAUUGGUUUAUUUUAUUAUUGGUCAUGUACACGGCGAUUGUAAUUCCCUUCAUGGUGACUUUUGUGCUUUCUCCGAAAUCAUGCACAGCUACAAACAGAUCGUUGUAUAUUAUUGAAAAUAUUGUCGAUAUUAUGUUUGUUAUUGAUAUAAUUAUAAAUUUUCGGACAUCUUUUGUGGAUUCAAAUGAUGAGGUUGUUUAUGAUUCUUGCCGGAUUGCUGUAAAUUAUUUAAAGGGAUGGUUUAUUUUGGACUUCUUAGCUGCUUUUCCGUUUCAAUUACUAUGCGUAAUAUCGCAUGUUAAUCAGACCACUACUUUAAUCAGCUUAGUUAAGUCAGCCCGCUUACUGCGAUUGGUCCGAGUUACACGCAAGUUAGACAUGUAUUUUGAAUAUAACGUAGCACUAUUAUUACUUCUCCUUUUUGGGUUUGCGUUAAUAGCUCACUGGUUAGCGUGUAUUUGGUAUGCUAUUGGAGCUUACGAAAACUCAUUAAAAAAUAGUCAAAGUUGGUUACUAAAGCUUACUAAAGAUUUUAAUAAAACAAUUAACAAAACGGAAUUUGAGCUUGACAUUUCAACUUCUUAUUUAACGGCGUUGUAUUUUACACUGAGCAGUAUGACUAGUGUCGGUUUUGGAAAUAUCUCUGCAAAUACUAACAGAGAAAAAUUGUUUGCAAUACUAAUUAUGCUUUUAGGAGCUCUCAUGUAUGCUAUCAUAUUUGGCAAUGUCACUGCGAUUAUCCACAGAUUGUAUUCAGGUAUGGCUCAUUAUCAUUCAACUAUGCGUCGAGUUCGACAGUUUAUUCGCUUCUAUCGAAUACCAUCCCCUUUACGUCAGCGAUUGGAAGAUUACUCUCAAUAUGAUUACUCUUAUACUAAUGGUAUUGAUAUGAAUGAGGUAUUGAAGCAUUUUCCAGAAGGUCUCCAAGCAGAUGUCUGCCUUCAUUUAAACAGACACCUAUUUGUAAGAAGCCCAGCAUUUCGCGGUGUAUCCCCUGGUUGUUUACGGUCAUUAUCUCUUAAAUUGAAAACAACUAGAUAUACACCCGGUAACUAUGUUAUUCAUUACGGGGAUGAAAUUGUUAAUCUAAUGUGGAUAGAGCGUGGUACGUUGGAGGUAUGGCAAGGAGAUAAAGUUGUAUUUGUGUUAGGUAAAUGUGAUUCCUUCGGCGAAAACUUUGGAUUAGUUUACAAUCGUCUUAUUGGUAAAUCGUGUGCGAGUGUAUGUGCUCUUACAUAUUGUGAUAUUCAAUCUAUUUCACGAGAUGAUUUGUUAUCCAUUAUGCGGGCUUAUCCUGAAUUUCAUAAAAAGUUUAAUAAAAACUUUCAAGUUUCGUUCAAUUUGAGAGAUUUAGAACUUGAAGAGCAAGACCUUAGUAGCUCGCUGUGUAAUCUCAACCAACAACGACAAAAUGUACUCGAACUAUUAAAAAGACAGAGUUCUUUUAAUGUAGAGAGUUUAAAAAAAACGAACGACGAUAGUAUAUUCAGUAGUGGUUCAGCUAUUAGCAAUGACUCUACUAUUAGUGGUUAUAGGAAACUCAACAACCUCGCCGCUCCAAAGCUGGUUUCUAACAUAAAUCUAUUUCCUAGUCAUUCUAUUUAUGUAACAGAUCACUCUAAUGAUCAUAACGGAAAAAAUUUUUUUCAACAGGAAAACCUGAGUUUAUCUACCAAUAAAGAGGAGAACCUGAGUUUAACUACCAAUAAAGAGGAAAAAAAAAUAGAUCAAAUAAGAAAUUGGUUGGAAAAUUUUGAAAAGGCAAAAAAGGAUAUUACAUCAAUACUAAAACUUUUAAAUAUUGAAAGUGAAAAAAUCUCUGCAAUUAAACUAGGAAGUCUAAAUAAUUUACUUACCGUUCCUAAGCAACCUCGUAAAAUAUCGAUAUAAAAAUGUUCUCUCAAAAAAUAGAUUAUACAGAUUAUUUUUAUUUUUUUAAAUAUAAAUUUAAAUUUUAGAUUAUGUCUAACGCAAAAAACUUUAAUAUUUUUUGGACUUUUUCAGUGUGCUUUAUUUUUACUCUUUUGAUAUUCUUAG